AUGGUGCAAGAGACGACUGGAAAGAUAAGGAUGAUUCGAGAAAGGAUGAAAGCUGCUCAAAGUCGUCAGAAUAGUUAUCAUGAUAAAAGGAGGAGAGCAUAUGAGUUCCAGGUGGACGAUCAUGUGUUUUUGAGAGUUACUCCAGUAACUGGUGUCGGUAGAGCUUUGAAAUCACGAAAGCUUACGCCACGUUUUAUUGGCCCCUAUCAGAUUUCGGAAAGGAUAAGUGAGGAGGCUUAUCGGAUUUCCUUGCUACCGUCGCUUGCGAAUCUUCAUGAUGUGAGAGAUAACCUGACUAUCGAAGCAGCACCAGUACAAAUAGAAGAACGAGAAGUAAAGCAAUUGCGAGGUAAAGAGAUUGCCUUAGUGAAGGUGUUGUGGGGUGGACCAGCCGGUGAGAGUUGGACUUGGGAACGUGAAGAUCAAAUGAGAGAGUCUUAUCCGUUCUUGUUUCCGUCAUGUAAUUUUCGAGGGUGA